AGUGACUUUAGUCCUGGUUUAUUCAACACUGUUUUAAUCAAUAUGACAAUCAGUUACAGUUCAGACAUGUAAAGGGUUAACUGUUUCAGGAAGAGAAUCACACAGCAGUAUCUGGUGGGGAGGAGCAUUACUAACGUCACUUUGUUGAACUGAAACUGAAGUAGAGAGACGUACAGUAUAUUGUUUACGGGUCCAAACUCUCCAGCACUUCAGAACUCUACUAAAUAGCUACAUGUUCAGACUACACGCUGACUCUCCUACCCUUUGACACCACAAACAGAAAGGACAGAGAUAACAAAAACAUACAGAUAUGGCCACCUCCAGCAGUCUUCUGUCUGAAGAGCAGUUCCUGUGCUCUAUCUGUCUGGAUGUGUUCACUGAGCCAGUCUCUAUUCCAUGUGGACACAACUUCUGCAAGGCCUGUAUCACAAAGUACUGGGACAGCAAUGUCCUGUGCCAGUGUCCCAUGUGUAAAAAUACAUUUGAUAAGAGACCAGAUCUAUUUGUCAACACUUUAAUUUCUGAGAUGGCUGCUCAGUUCAGACAGACAGUUGAAGUGAAAACUACCAGCAGCCCAGACCAAUGCUCUGCCAUAAUUGUGGAAGUGUCCUGUGACAUCUGCACUGGGAUGAAGCUCAAGGCCCUGAAGUCCUGCCUGGUGUGUCAGACCUCUUACUGUGAGACUCACCUGGAGCCUCAUCAGAGAGUCGCAGCCUUAAAGAGACACAAGCUGAUCAACCCUGUGGAGAACCUGGAAGACAGGAUGUGUAAGAAGCACGAGAGACUCCUGGAGCUGUUCUGUAGGACUGACCAGAUGUUUCUUUGUGUCUUGUGCUUGAAAGCAGACCACAUGACUCAUGACACUGUCCCUCUAGAGGAAGAGUAUGAAGAGAAGAAGGUUCAGCUGGGGAAGACUGAGGCAGAAGUGCAGCAGAUGAUCCAGGAGAGACUGCAGAAGGUUCAGGAGAUCAAACACUCAGUAGAUCACAGCAAGAGAGAGGCAGAGAGAGAGAUAUCAGACAGUGUAUAGGUCUUCACUGAUCUGGUGCGCUCCAUUGAGAGAAGCCAGGCUGAGCUCAUUGAGGUGAUUGAGAAGAAGCUGAAAGCAGCAGAGAGGCAGGCUGAAGGGCUCAUUAAAGAGCUGGAGCAGGAAGUCACUGAGCUACAGAGGAGAAGCACUGAGGUGGAGCAGCUCUCACACACUGAGGACCACCUCCACCUCCUCCAGAGCUUCCCAUCCCUCUGCACCCCUCCAGACACCAGAGACUGGUCUGAGAUCAGUGUUCACAGUGAUCUGUGUGUGGGGACUGUUAGGAGAGCUGUGUCUCAACUGGAGGAGACACUGAAUAAAGAGAUGGAGAAGCUGCCUGAAGUCAAACUGAAGAGGAUUCAGCAGUAUGCAGUGGAUGUGACUCUGGAUCCUGAUACAGCAUAUCCCUCUCUCAUCCUUUCUGAAGAUGGGAAACAGGUGAGAUAUGGAAACACAGAGCAGGAUCUCCCAGACAAGCCAGUUAGGUUUUCCAACUGUCUCUGUAUCUUGGGAAAGGAGGGCUUCUCCUCAGGUAGAUUCUACUAUGAGGUGAUGGUUAGGGGAAAUACUGACUGGGUUUUAGGAGUUGCCAGAGAGUCCAUCAUCAGGAAGGGGGGUAUCACACUAAGUCCUGAGAAUGGAUACUGGACUGUGUGGCUGAGGAAUGGAGAAUACAUGGCUCUUGCUAAUCCCAAUGUCCUGCUCUCCCUGAGAGAGAAGCCCCAGAAAGUGGGGGUGUUUGUGGAUUAUGAGAAGGGUCAGGUCUCCUUUUAUGAUGUGGAGGCCAGGUCUCAUAUCUACUCUUACACUGGCUGCACCUUCACUGAGAAACUCUAUCCAUUCCUUGGCCCUGGCAAUGAUAAAGGUGAAUACUCUGUCCCUCUGAUCAUCUCUCCUGUCAAUCACACAGAAUGA